ACAAGGAAGCGGAAGAACCGUGGCUGCAGGUCAGCUGAGGAGCUGAUGACAGAGCGGCUAGAACAACAGCCAAAAACAAAGGGGGAUUUAGCCCCCUUCGAAACCCCGAUUUCAUCCGAAUGAAAGAGAUACAUCGCGGCGAUUAUGACGUUUGUUACAGCGAACUGGAACCCGCUGGGGGAGGCUUUCUACAGAAAGGUUGAGCUGUACGAGAUGGGAUGGAACCUAAAAGACGGCCUCAGAGAUUGUCUGGUCGCGGCCGCUCCGUACGGCGGACCAAUCGCUUUGUUGAAAGAACCCCAGCGGCGCUCCCCCAGUGCCCGCCCUCAGCUCGAGAUCUACUCCUCCUCUGGCGCCUCCAUGGCCAGCUUUCCCUGGAAGAGUGGCCCAGUGAAGCAGCUCGGUUGGACAGUGAGUGAUGACCUGCUGUGUGUGCAGGAAGAUGGCACCGUGCUCAUCUAUGACCUGUUUGGAGGAUUUAAGAGGCACUUCAGCAUGGGAAAUGAGGUCCUUCAGAAUCACGUGAUGGAAGCCAAGGUUUUCCAUUCACCCUUUGGCACAGGGAUUGCCAUAGUAACCGGAGCAUUCCGAUUCUCCCUGGCAACAAAUAUUGAUGAUCUGAAGCUUCGGCGGCUACCAGAGAUUCCAGGGCUACAGGGGGCACCAUCAUGUUGGGCAGUGCUGACACAAGACAGGCAGAGCAAAAUUUUGCUGGCUAAUGGAGCAGACCUCUUCAUCCUGGACAACACAUCCUGCACUCCAGUGACUCCACCAGGUCUCUCCCCCCUGGCCAACAGCAUUGUCCAGAUGGCUGUGUCCUUCAGCUACAAGUACCUGGCCCUCUUCACUGACUCUGGGCACGUAUGGAUGGGCCCUGCCAAUUUAAAGGACAAACUCAGUGAAGUGGAAACCAAGGUUAGGACUCCACCCAAACAGAUGGUCUGGUGUCGGAGACCGAAGAGCCAGCAGCCCUCAGUGGUGGUCAUGUGGGACCGGCAUCUCCUGGUGGCAGGGGAGUGUAAAGACACCAUUCAAUAUCACCUUGAUGACGAGUCGUUUCUGGUCCCGGAGUUGGAUGGUGUGAGAAUCAUCUGUGGGACUCACCACGAGCUUUUGCAAGAGGUCCCAGCUGCCUGUGAGGAGAUAUUCAAGAUCGCCUCUAUGGCUCCUGGAGCCCUGCUGCUGGAGGCUCACAAGGAGUAUGAGAAGGAGAGUCAGAAGGCGGAUGAGUACCUGCGGGAGAUUAAAGAGCAGAGUCUGCUGGGCGAGGCCGUCAGGCAGUGUGUGGAAGCAGCCGGAUACGAGCAUGAGCCCGAAACGCAGAAGACACUGCUCAGGGCGGCGUCCUUUGGAAAGUGCUUCCUGAGCAACUUCCCACCAGAGCAGUUUGUCAGCAUGUGCCGAGACCUGCGUGUCCUCAACGCUGUGAGAGAUUACACUGUGGGCAUCCCACUCACACACAGCCAGUACAAGCAGAUGACGGUACAGGUGUUGAUUGACAGGCUGGUCUAUCGUAAGCUGUAUCCUCUGGCCAUAGAGAUGUGCCGCUACCUGAAGACCCCCGAGUACCAGGGAGUUAGCAGGGUGCUGAAGCACUGGGCCUGCUGCAAGGUCCAGCAGAAAGAGGAGGCCGAUGAGGUCGUUGCCCGGGCGAUCAGCGUGAAGCUGGGAGAGGCUGCAGGGAUCUCGUACUCUGAGAUUGCAGCCAGGGCAUACGAGUGCGGCAGGACGGAGCUGGCCAUUAAGCUCCUGGAGUUUGAGCCUCGCUCCGGGGAACAAGUACCUUUGCUGCUGAAAAUGAAGAGGAGCCAACUGGCCCUGAGCAAAGCCAUUGAGAGCGGAGACACUGACCUGGUGUACAAAGUGGUGACCUACCUGAAGAAUGAGAUGAACAGGGGAGAUUUCUUCAUGACCCUGAGGAACCAGCCAGUCGCUCUCAGUCUAUACCGACAGUUCUGUAAGUAUCAAGAGCAGGACACUCUGAAGGACCUCUUCAAUCAGGACGAUGAUCACCAGGAACUGGGAAACUUCUAUGUCAGAGCCAGUUACCAAGAGGGGAAGCUGGAGGCCCGCUUGUCUCAUCUCCAGAGUGCAGUGGAUGAGUACAACAAGGCCAAGAACGAGUUUGCUGCCAAGGCCACGGAGGAGGAGAUGCGGCUGCUGCGGUUCCAGCGGCGGGUGGAGGAGGAGAAGGGCGAGCGCGUGCUGGGCUCCUCCCUCCAGGACACCAUGCACUGCCUGAUCAGCGCCGGCCUGCACAAGCAGGCCGAGCAGCUCUACAAGGACUUCCGCGUCCCAGACAAGAGGUACUGGUGGUUGAAGCUGUCCGCUCUGGCAGAGAAAGAGGAUUGGGAUGAACUAGAGAAGUUUGCCAAGAGCAAGAAGUCUCCCAUCGGAUACCUGCCCUUCGUGGAGGUCUGUGUGAAGCACCACAAUAAAUAUGAAGCCAAGAAGUACGUUUCCAAGGUGACCCCUGAGCAAAAGGUCAAAGCACACCUGGCUGUGGGGGAGCUGGAGGGAGCCGCGGAGGCAGCCAUCGAGAGGCGCAGCGAGGCGGAGAUCAGCCUGGUUCUCUCCCGCUGCUCCCCCACCACCGACCGCGCCCUCCUAGACCGCCUGAACCGCGCCCGCUCUGUCACCGCCAAGAAGUGAUUGCAUGCACCCUGCAGGGACCGGGCCAAAGCCAGCCCUCUUCGCUCUGCCCUGGGGAAGCCGUGUGAAAGUGCCUGUCCUCUGGGCGAAUGACACAGAGUGGAAGAUGGCAGAAGGUAAAAGGAGAGGGAGGGAGAGAGAGAGAGAGGAGAGGGACAUUCGCUGCUAAGCGUGGACAUCCUCAUCGCACUGCCGUUACAUUGCCACAACAUUCUGAAAUGUCACGGCAGUGUUGGGCUCACAGAGGAAGGGUGACUCACAGACCUUUGGAUCCCCCCCACCCCCCACUCCGCCACCCCCCACAGGUGGUGAUUGUCUGGAAUUCAUUGUUGUGUUCCGGUUUCUUAUUGUUAUGCUUUCAGUGUAAAAUAAAUGUUUAUUGAAUUCAAUUA